CUACUUUAAGGGAAUUGGAAUUCUGAAAUCUGAAUACGAGAGGACUUCAUCAUGUGCUUGCCCAAGCGAGUCAGCGGAGGCGCCAUCCAGAGCUUGGCCACAGCCGUUGGUAAUUUGCUUUGCUUUAACUUUGGCGUCCUCUUUGGCAUUACACCUGCUCACAUGGAUCUCUAUGAAUCGGAGCAACGAACGCCACUCAACAAAGUCGCAGACCCCACGGGCACUGCCCUAUUAACGGGCUACCUCUUUCUGAGCGCCGCCGUUGGAGCCGCCGUGUCCGGCUGCCUGGCCAUUCGUAUCGGCCCCAAGUCCGUGCUGCUCUGCAGUGGAUUGCUCCAAAUUUUCAGUUGGUUUACCAUACACUUUGGCUUCGAUAUCGUUCACAUCUAUGCCUCACGCAUGUUUGGGGGCGUGGCAGCUGGCGCCGCGCUUGUUGUGCUGCCAAUUUUCAUCAAUGAAAUUGCCGAGACCCGAGAGAAGGCCGCCCUCUUAACAUUUACAAUCGAACUGUGGCGCACGCUGGGCAUACUCUUUGGCUUUGUACUUGGCUUCUAUUUGCCCUACCAUUAUGUAAAUGUUGUGGGCUGCAUGAUGUCCUGUGUGUUCUCCCUGUGCUUCCCCUUCGUGCAGGAGAGUCCGCAUUAUUUCAUGCGCAAGGGCAAUCUGCCUGCCCUGGAGAAGUCCCUUCGCUGGUAUCGAGGCAUACGCGACAUAGAUGACCGCGAGAAGCCCAACUAUCUGCAGGAACUAUCCGAGUUCAAGGCCGAGAUGAAAGGUGAGGGCAAGGGCAUUGGCUCCGAGCACUACCCGCGCAGCUACGUUGUCCGUCUCAUCGGAGUCAGCUUUCUGCUGACCAUCUGCGCCAAGCUCAGCGGCGUCUUCGUGGAGCUGAACUAUGCUGCCGACUUUCUGGGUCGCACUGGCUACACGAUGGAGCUGAACUAUGUUCUGCUCUCCAUAUCGCAGUGUAUUGGUGCCGUUUUUGCACGCCUCGUUGGUCCCAAGAUGCCUCGCAAGGUGCUGCUCUGUGUCUCCUCGCUGCUGGCUGCUGUGCCAGUCAUCCUGCUGGCCCUUUUCAAGCACUUCCAGGAGAGCUGGUCUCCGGGCCCCUGGUGUGAGCGCUCUGUGCCCAUCAUCCUGCUCGCCAUUCAGCUAUUCUUCGUCAGCUUUGGGCUCUAUCCCCUGGCCGCCGUCGUCAGCAGCGAAGUGCUGCCCACAAAGCUGCACGACUUGCUAUAUUCAGUGGCCUCGGGCGUUGCUUGGCUGCUGCUCUUCGGCAUGAUUGAGGGCUUCAAUGCGGUUAAGUCGCCAAUUGGACCUGGGCUGGUGCUCUACCUGUGGGUGUUUGCAGCCGCCUCCAUCCUCGUGGGGCUCAUUUCGAUGCCGCUGCUGCCGGAGACGCGCAAUCGGCGACCCUCGGCCGUGCAAAGGGAACUGGGCUACGUGGGCCAGGAGGGCGUGGCCAAGGCGGGCAGUGCCACCAACGGGCACAUUUCCUCGAGCAUCUUAAAUAUUGUGUCCAUUUCCUUUGGCGCUUAUUGCGGUUGGCCUUCGUCCAGCUUUCUGGAGCUAAACAGCAGCACGAGUCCCUUGGAGACUGGUCCUCUUACAGAGCAGGAUCAGGGCAAUGUGGCAUCGGUUCUCUGCCUCGGCGGUCUGGUUGGCAAUGUAUUCUUCCUCUGGCUGGCCGACAAAAUCGGUCGCAGGAGCUCAAUGCUUUGGGUGGCAGUGCCCUCGCUGCUGGGCUGGAUUGGCAUCCCUUAUGCACGGAAUCCCACUCAUCUGAUAGCAGCUCGCUUUUUGGGUGGAUUGGCAGGAGGCGGCUGCUUCGGAGUGAUUCCCCUCUACACGGCGGAACUGGCAGAGGACAGCGUGAGAGGCAUCCUGGGCACUCUGCUCGUGCUCACUUGUAACUUUGGCGUGCUGCUCGCCUUCAUCUUGGGCUACUACUUCAACUAUGCGACAGUCGCGUGGAUUGCCUCUGCACUGACAAUAGUCUACGUGGGCUGCUUCUGGUUCAUGCCUGAGACUCCGCAGCAUUUGGCGCAGCGUCACAAGUUGUCAGAGGCAGAGGACGCCUUGCGCUACUAUCGCAAUAUACGCACUCGUCCCUCUAAAGACCUGAGCGAGCAGCUGCAGCUGGAGCUGCACAAGCUGCGCGCACCCGAGAAGGCAGACGAUGUGGAUAUUGACGACAGUGCCGUGACCUGGGCGGACUUUGCGGAUCGAAAGACGCGUAAGGCCUUGGCCAUUGGGCUGGGCGUGUUGAUGUGUAAUCAGGGCUGUGGCUGCUUUGCCUUGCUCAACUAUACGGCAAUGAUAUUCGAGAAAUCCGGCUCCAGUCUGCCGCCCACUGUCUCCGCCAUCAUUGUGGGCGUCAUUCAGCUGGUGGGCUCCUAUGUGUCCACUCUGCUGGUGGAGCGAGCAGGUCGCAAGGUCCUGCUGCUCGUCUCCGCGGUUGGCAUUUGUCUGAGUCAGCUGAUCAUGGCCAGUCACAGCUACCUGAAGGUGCUCCACUAUGACACGUCCGGCUUCGACUGGGUGCCCGUUGCUGCGUUCUCAUUCAUGCUGUUCAUCGCCGCGUUGGGCCUGUUGACGCUGCCUUUUCUGGUCAUCUCGGAGAUAUUGCCCCCGAAGAUACGCAGCACCGCCAUUAUGGUGCUCAUGUCCAUUUUAUGGCUGCUCUCCAUGCUGGCCAUUAAGCUCAUUCCCCUGCUCAACGCUGCGUGGGGCAUGCAUGGGACGGUGCUCUUCUUCGCCAGCUGCACCCUCGCCGGGGCUUUGUUCAUUGCCAUCUUUGUGCCCGAGACGAAGGGCAAGACAAUUGAAGUCAUUUUGGCGAAUUUAUAGUUAGCUGUGAAUUGUUUUAUUUAUACUUGUCUAACAAUAUCAAAUAUUAUAAGCCUGUUACAAGAUCAA